GGACCCAGGCAGGCAAAUCCUAAUCAAAUCCAGUCUGUGUGUGUGUGUGUAUGUGUGUGAGCGAGACAUUAGUGUCAGGAGGAAGGGAAAGAGUGCACUUACGAAGCUUGUUCCACGAAGCUGAGCUGAAACACACAUCACUUACAGAUUUGUCAUUAACAUCAGGAUUGAGAACUGGUUGUGAAGUCGGAUGGAGCAAACAUUCAGAGCCGUCACGCGCGCUCCGGGCAUCAUCAUCUGGAGAAUUGAGAAAAUGGAGCUGGUUGUCAUCCCGGAGAAAACUCACGGCAAUUUUUUCGAAGGCGACUGUUACCUCGUCCUGUGUACGAAGAAAUCGGGCAGUACCUUGACGUACAACAUUCACUACUGGAUCGGAGCUGAGGCGAGUCAGGAUGAACAGGGUGCUGCUGCUGUUUAUGCCGUUCAGCUCGACGACUUUCUGGGCUCGAGUCCCAUCCAGUACCGUGAGGUCCAAAGCAACGAGUCCACGACCUUCUGUGCAUACUUCAAACAGGGACUCAUUUAUAAAAAAGGUGGCGUGGAUUCGGGGAUGAAACACGUGGUGACGAACGUGAGUGAUGUUAAGAGAGUGCUGCACGUGAAGGGACGGAGGAAAGUCUCUGCCAAAGAGGUGGAAAUGAGCUGGACGAGUUUUAAUCUCGGAGACGUUUUUCUGCUGGACAUUGGAAACUCGAUUAUCCAGUGGAACGGCCCGGACAGCAACACACAGGAGCGCCUGAAGGCGAUGUUGUUGGCGAAGGACAUUCGUGAUCGUGAGCGUGGAGGACGUGCGGAGAUCGGGCUGAUCGAGGGCGACGCAGAGGACAAAUCCCCCGCAUCGAUGGAACUUUUGUGCAGCACGAUCGGAGAACGGCCAGCAACGCUUCCGAACGGAACCUCGGACGAAAAAGCGGAUCAGGAACAAAUGUCUCAGGUCACGCUGUACCAAGUGACUGAUGCUGAUGGGGAAAUGAAGGUGAGAGAGGUCGCUAGCAGGCCUCUGGUGCAGGAUUUAUUGAAUCAUGAUGACUGUUAUAUUGUGGAUCAGGGCGGAGUGAGACUGUUCGUGUGGAAAGGGAAAAAAGCGAAUAAAACUGAGAAACAGGCAGCGAUGUCCCGAGCUGUGGAGUUUAUUAAGCAGAAAGCUUAUCCUCACAGCACUAAUGUGGAGGUGGUUCAUGACGGAGCAGAAUCAGCGCUGUUUAAGCAACUGUUCCAGAGCUGGACUGUUAAAGAUCAGACUGUAGGGAUGGGACGCACAAACAACGUGGGCCGAAUCGCCAAAGUGGCACAGGAGAAGUUUGACGCCUCGACGCUGCACAUGAUGCCUGAAGUCGCCGCUCAGCAGAGGAUGGUGGACGACGGAAGUGGACAAGCACAGGUGUGGAGGGUUGAGAAUAUGGAGUUGGCUGAAGUGGAUGCUAAUCUACACGGGUAUUUCUAUGGAGGCGACUGUUAUCUCAUCUUAUACACGUAUGAAGUUAACGGCAAGAAGAGCUACAUCCUGUACAUGUGGCUGGGUCGUCACGCGUCUCAGGAUGAGAUCACGGCGUGUGCGUUCCAUGCGGUGGAGGUGGAUCAACAGUACGGUAAUCAGCCUGUUCAGGUGCGAGUGACGAUGGGUAAAGAGCCGAGACACUUCAUGGCCAUGUUUAAGGGCAAGAUGGUGGUGUUUGAGGGAGGAACCUCCAGAAAAUCUGAGGCAGUCGAGGAGCCCCCGGUGCGUUUCUUUCAGGUCUCUGGAACCGAUUCGUACAACACCAAAGCGAUCGAGGUUCCAGCUAUAGCGGCUUCUCUAAACUCUAACGACGUGUUUCUGCUGAAGAGUCAGAACUCAGUGUUCCUGUGGUACGGCAAGGGCUCGAGUGGAGAUGAACGAGCGAUGGCUAAAGAGAUGAGCACUUUUCUUGGCCGAGGGCUUUCUGAGGAAAUCAUGGCUGAGGGACAGGAACCCAUUGAAUUCUGGCAGCUUCUGGGAGGAAAAACUCCGUAUGCAAGCGACAAAAGGCUGCAGCAGGGCGCGAACGAUCAUCAGCCGCGUCUGUUCGAGUGCUCGAAUAAAACUGGAAAGUUCAUAGUCACUGAAAUCUCUCAGUUCACUCAGGACGACCUGAAUGAGACCGACGUCAUGCUGCUGGACACCUGGGAUCAGGUGUUCCUGUGGAUCGGAAUUGAGGCGAAUGACACGGAGAAGAAGGAAUCCAUCAUCAUGUGUCAGGAAUAUUUACGCACACAUCCCGGAAUGCGAGACCCCGACACCCCCAUCCUUCUCCUCAAGCAGGGCUUCGAACCCCCGACCUUCACCGGCUGGUUCCUGGCCUGGGACCCGAGCAAGUGGAGCGGCGGGAAACCUUACGAGCAGCUGAGGGAGGAACUGGGCGUGGUCAUAGAAGCAGUCAGCAUCACCACGGCAGGACAAGCUAACGCUAACGGGCCAGGCAGUGAUCAGAGCGGUGAUACAGAAGAAGAAAAUCGAGUGUAUCAGACUUUUCCUCUUGACGAACUCAUUAACAAAUCAGCUGAAGAGCUUCCAGAGGGAGUCGACCCCGCCCGCAGAGAGAAACAUCUGUCAGAUGAGGAUUUCCUCUCCGUAUUUCAGAUGUCUAAAGAUGUGUUUAACACUAUGCCGCAGUGGAAACAGCUGGACAGCAAGAAGAAAAACAAACUAUUUUGAACUCUUACGUGUUUUUGUGUUCGUUUAGUCAGUGAUGUUGAAUUUAAACUGCUGUAAAGAGUUAGCGUACAUGUGUCAAAACAAUGAAGCACUAUUCUAUAUGUGUGUAUAAAUUUUAGAGCUUUAGAAAGUAAAUUGGCGGUGCCUGAAUCAGAUAUGUACUGAGUUCUACACAAAGUCGAUUAGAGAAUGAGUAUCUUAUUUCAUUUAUUGUCUCUCAGGGUUCAUAGGGCUUAUCAGAGAUUACAGAACUUUUCAUGCUUUUAAAUAGUAUACAAACAUCUGUAUGAAGUAUAUUUAACUAUCAGUGCUAAAUGCUGGCAUGUGGAGUGAUAGUGUUAUUGUUUAAACAACUUCUAAACUAACACAAGUGAAAGCUGUAAUGCUGUAAACACAACAAUAAUGCUGUGCCAGUUUAUUAAAUGUUACACACAAAAGUUCUAUUAAUAAUAUCACAUUAGUAUGAAUGAAAUCUAGGCCUAAUGUAGCUGUAGUAAUAUUUCUAGUGUAGUAAAAUAUUUGAACAGAGAUUAUUGAGUCUCAUAAAGAAUAAAACUCAUUUGAUAAAAGAGUAUAUUGUAGGCUUCCUGCGCUCAAAUGUCUGACCUGAGAUGCAAAUACAUAGUGAUGCAAAAUGAAACAAAUUUAUACAAAUGACUGCUUCUAGGUUACAAACACAAACAUACAUAUACCCACACACACACUGGUAAUGAACAGUGCAGUGGCUCUGUGGUUUCACACUUUAUUCAUAUUUACUUUACAUAACCAGGAUGCUGUAGCUACUGUGUUCUGUGGAUGUUCAAACUGUCUGAUGAUAAAUAAAGAAAUAAAACUA